GAGAUGAAUCCGGUCAAGUGCGAGUUGUGCAAGAAGCAGUUCCGCAACGCCGGCGUGCUCCGGUACCACCACUGUCCGAAUAAAAAGGCCGCCCCCAAGCCCGCGCCGCCGCAGUACUGCCAGGAGUGCGAGCUGCACUUCUCCAACCACGCGCAGUACAAGGCGCAUCUCCAGACCCUCAAGCACACGCCCAGGGACCUCUACAAAUUCCAGUGUGAAGUGUGCAAGAAGAGGUUCCGCACUAAGCACUGGAUGCGCGACCACGUCGACUGGAUACACCACGGCCUGAAAAAGUACUCGUGCUCUUGCUGCUCGGCGUCGUUCGGGGCGUUCACGUCGCUGCGGCGCCACGCCGCGCGCAAGCACGAGCAGCGCGCCGCCGCGCCGCGCGACACGCACGUCUGCGACCUGUGCGGGAAGACCUUCAAGGUGAAGACGUCCCUGGAGGAACACCUGCUGACGCACUACGGGCUGCGGCCCUUCGUGUGUAGCACCUGCCCGGCCGCCUUCUCGUACCGGGCCGCGCUCUACACGCACACGCGGCUCAAGCACCGAGGGGGGAGGAGGAAGAGGCAACAGCCAGGCGAAUGGACGGACGACGGGGAAAGAGACAGCAACAAGGGACAGAAGGAACAAGAAGAUGACGAGCAAUCGGAUGAAGAUGAAACUCCUCAAUACUUGGAAUUAAAUUUUGAUGACUGA